UCAACACUCCAUGAAGGUACUAUAUAAAAACAGCAAGGCCCACAGCAUAUCAGCUCCAAUUGCUCUGUGUUCAGAGCUGCCUCCCUUUCAAGAUGGAUUUCCUUCAUAGAAAUGGAGUGCUCAUAAUUCAGAAUUUGCAGAAGGAUUACCGAGCUUGCUACAAUUUUCUAAAUUUUAUGUCCAAGGUUGGAGAGCCCCGGAAUAUCUUUUCUGUUUAUUUUCCACUUUGGUUUCAACUUAAUCAGACAGUUGGAACCAAGAUGAUAUGGGUAGCAGUCAUUGGGGAUUGGUUCAAUCUUAUAUUUAAAUGGAUAUUAUUUGGUCAUCGGCCUUACUGGUGGGUCCAAGAAACUCAGAUUUACCCAAAUCACUCGAGUCCAUGCCUUGAACAAUUCCCUACUACAUGCGAAACCGGCCCAGGCAGUCCAUCUGGCCACGCAAUGGGCUCAUCGUGUGUCUGGUACGUCAUGGUAACAGCUGCCCUGAGCCACACUGUCACUCCAGUGGAGAAGUUCUCUGUCACUCUGCACAGACUGACCUGGUCAUUUCUUUGGAGUCUUUACUGGUUGAUUCAAAUCAGUGUCUGUAUCUCCAGGGUAUUCAUAGCAACACAUUUUCCUCAUCAAGUAAUUCUUGGAGUAAUUGGUGGCAUGCUGGUGGCAGAGGCCUUUGAACACACUCCGGGCAUCCAAACGGCCACUCUGAGCACAUACCUGAAGACCAACCUCUUCCUGUUCCUGUUUGCACUUGGCUUUUAUCUGCUUCUUAGACUGCUCGACAUUGACCUGCUGUGGUCCGUGCCCAUAGCCAAAAAGUGGUGUGCCAACCCCGACUGGAUCCACAUUGACACCACACCUUUUGCUGGACUCGUAAGAAACCUCGGGGUCCUCUUUGGCUUGGGCUUUGCAAUCAACUCAGAAAUGUUCCUUAUGAGCUGCCGAGGGGAAAACAGCUGUAAGCCGAGCUUCCGGUUGCUCUGUGCCACGACCUCAUUGGCCAUGCUGCAGCUCUACCAUUUCAUCGAGAUCCCCACUCACCAAGAGCAUUUAUUUUACGUGCUAUCUUUCUGUAAGAGUGCCUCCAUCCCACUGGCUGUGGUUGCUCUGAUUCCCUACUGUAUCCAUAUGCUAAUGAAACCAAGUGAAAAGAAGAUUAAAUAAGCGUUUUGCAGAGAGUCCUGCCCUUGGUCACUGGGACACCCUUCUUCAUCCA